UGUGCCUGUCAGCCUUUUGAAAUGGGAUGGACUAUGGUUGCUGUGUGCCUUCACAGCAAGGCACGCCACUUAGUGUGCCUGGGUAUAAAUUCAGGACUGAAGCCUUAGAAGUAUUUGAUCAAUUUAACCACGUACUAACUGAACAUCUGUACUAACACAAGAGUCUCACUGGAGUAGAAACAAAGACCAGUCCAGGAUUUGGAUAGAGAAGAAAACAAGAACAGGUUUCUGGACAACAAUGAACAUUCAGUCUGCCAUUAACAAAGAGAUCUUCAUCCCUCGUGAUGAGCGGAUGCUGGUGGCGGUGGAGGUGAGGAGGAGGAAAAAAAAGAGGAUGGCUUUCCUGCCUACUGGACCUAAAGGGGAUUAUGCCACAUUCAUCUGUAUAUCAGUCACCAACACCAGACCUCCUCAGCUUCUCAUCACCAAGGUGAAGCGGUUUGGAGGCUCCUCCUCCUUCAUCAGGAGGUCCCAGUGGACAGUUGAACAACUCAAACAGGUCAACGGGAUUAACCCCAACAAGGACAGCCCAGAGUUUGAUUUGGUUUUUGACAAUGCUGUGGACCAGUGGGUGGCUAGCUCCUCAGCAGACAAGUGUAUUUUUGUCCAGAUCCUUUACCACGCCUGUCAAACCCACUGGGAGGGGAAAGCAGGUGGUCUGGGAAAGUCAAGGAAAGUGGGAAAGGCAAGCCAGCAGGGACGAGUUGAUAAAUGUGAUCAAGAACUGGCAGGAGCUGGUCACCCAGAUACCUAUGAAUCCAAAAACCUAAAGGCACGACGGAAGAGCUUUGUUCUUCCCAAACACACAGAAUUCAUUAACUGCCAGUCCAAACUAACACAAGAUGCCUGCACCAUGAAUCUGGUCAUCUAUCGCUGCAAAGCCUUCUUGAAUCGUGUAAAAAACUUGAUGGUUUCAAACCAAAGUCCCUCACCAGGUCAAGGUCAAAUGCGGAACCGUGCCAAAGGCAGAAGUGUAGGUAGUUUAGUCCAGAGGGUGAAUGUUACUCUGGGCGAGCGUGGAGACAGACUAACUCGUGCUGAGGACAAAACUGUGGAACUGACACACAAAGUCCAGCAGUUUGCAGACACUGCUCAUAAGCUAGCCCUGAAGUAUUCAAAGUAGAGUGUAUUGGAGAGAGAACCGCUAACUCUGGAAGAUGCUAAUAAGAAGAAUAUAAGAAGAUUUACUCUUGGGCUCCAGGCUGUCACUAAUUUGUUUCUAUUAUAACUAAAUGUAUCAAAGACAACUAAAUAAUAUGUCCCUGUGUUCUGGGGCGCCUCUGCCCAUAGGUAAAUAUCCUGUGAACUGUGUUUUGUCUGUUGUCAGAUACUUUUAUGAAAAGGAAAAAGUUAUUUAUUUAACAUUUGUGUUGUUCUAGAAUAGCUUUUGUAUUUUAGCUUUUGUACAAUAGCCUUGAAAUUUAUUUGAAAGCCACUCCAGAGAAAAAUUAGUACUGCUCUCAGUGAAUGGCAUUAAUUACUCCAUUUGAUUUAGUUUUGAUUUUAUGUUGAUUUAAUGUGCUUUAAUUUGUAUAUUUCAUAGUCUUCUUUAGUCUGGCAUUAUCAGUUGUUGUUAUCCUUCUGUCUUUUUGUGUGUGUGUAUGUACACUCACUGUCCAGUGUCUUAUGUGUUGUCUACUAUGUUCACAUUAUGUUUCCUGAACAUCAAAGUGUCACGCUGUAUUUAUGCUGCUGUGCUGUGUAUGUCAUUUAGUCCAUGUUAGUAUUGUCUUAGAAAGUGGAGUGAAGGUAGAUACGAUGGUUUAGUUUAAGUGAUUAGGGUACAGGGUACCUUAAGGAUGUUUAAAUGCUGCCUUUAGAAGACUCACAGCAGUGAAUAGAGGAUUAAUUAAAUCAGACUGACUCAUUCUAACCCAACUUCUAUUAAAUGUUUUCUUUAUUGCUUCUAGUGGCAUUUUA